UGCUCCGCUUCCCGGCCACCCCUGGGCUGGCAGCCUCCUGUCCACUCCAAGGCCCUUCCUCUCACAGCUCUCACUUGCUCCGUCCUUGAGCCCUGUUGGCUCCAGGGGGACAGGGAAUUCAUGUCCCUGGGAUGGGCCCAGGUUGGCAGUGCCGGCCUGGGACAGAACAGGGAGUGAGCUGAGGGACAGUUGAGAUCGCUGCUCUUCUCCUUGGCAUUGACUUUGGGUGGCAAUGUCUGAUGAUGGCUGUGCAGCCCCCAGGGGGCCGGGGCUGGGCUGGGGACCGUGGGUGGGCACGGGUGGUCGGGGCGCACAGCGGCCAUGUGGCGUGUGGCUGCCAUCCUCUCUCCCUGAGCUCAAGUGCGGUAGCCUACAGGAGGCAGUGGUGGGCCCUGGCUUGGGGAGCCGAGGCAGCGCUCCUCAGGGACUGUAGGACACAGGGCUGGGCCGUGCAUGAUGCAGAGGGACACCUGGGGACACCUGCAGCCAUCCUUGGCCGGGGGAGGCAUGGUAGCCAGACAGACCGGAGGCAGGUCACCGCCCCCCCCCCCCAGAAGGUUAACCAGGCCUAGGACCCAACUAGCUGGUCUAGGGCUCCUGGGGGUGGGUCUGGCUGGGCCUCACUGGGCCUCUCUGGCCCGUCCCUUAGCAUCCUGCCUUGGCCGGACUGAAGGGUCUGACAGACAUUUUGAUCUUGAGCUGGGAGGGUCCCUGAGACUUGCAGGAGGUGACACUUAUCCUGAAGGAGGCAGGAGGCACAGCAGGCGCUUGGCAGGCUGGGGGGGGGGGGCUUCUCUGGAGUGCGUCCUGGGUUGGUGGCCGGCCCUGCGGUGGCCAGACUGCAGGCAGGCCCAGGCUUGCCUCCUGGGGUUGGUGCCUCGCAACGGCCUCCCAGGCAGCCUGACCUUCCCCUUGGAAACAAAGGGCCCCGCCAGUUCUCCAGGGCCUUCUGUUUCCCGCAGAGCUCAGACUCAUUUGCCCAGCGCCCCUUGGACCAGCACGUGGGCCUCUGACCAUGAAGCCCCUCUGCUUGCAAUGCCCUUCCCUCGGGGGCCUCUGUGCACAUUCUGUGUGUCUGGCGCUCAGGCCCAUGUCCACUUCAAGGCCUGCACAGGGCCCCACGGGUGGGGCCUGCAGCUCUCCGGGGUCUUAGGGCUGACCCCAAUGGCUGAGAGCAGAUGGCCUAAAGGUGCUGGCAAUGGGUGGCCACAGGGCAGGUCCCCAGGGCCCUGGGUCCAGCCCCACUGGCAGAGACCCCUUGGGGAGGAGGCAGGACCAGGUGGAAUGGCCACUGAUCAUGUCCACUCCAGCCCCAAGGAUGGGAGCCCACCCUGUCUAGUGGUGUCCAGCUGGCAGGAUUCUAGGCUUCUCACACACAGUGCCUGUUGGAACCCCACAAAUGCCCCUCCUGGCUCCCCCGGUGGGCCUGGUCCAGCAUGGCCUCGCACUGCCUCCUCCAUUCACUGAUUGCUGCCUGGAGCCCUGGGAGCCCAUCGGGGGGUGGUGCCCAGGCUUGGGGAGCAGGAUGAUGGAGACAAGCGGCAGACAACAGGCCGACAGGAUGCAUGAGAGACAGCCCCAGACAGAAGCUGGGUGGGGGCGGGGUCAUCCCCUGUCCAGUCACCAUCACUGCAUCACCAUGUCCGGCAGGACGAUCCCCCCCCGCCUGGCUGGGGCACUCCCACUCCAGCCGCUCCUGGUGCUGGUGUACUCAGGAGGCUGGCCUGCCCCUCCUGCCUUCUUGUCUGUCUCCACUGGCCUGAGGAAGCUUCAGCGUUGAAAGCCUGAUCUCUGCUCCCCUCCCCCACCCCCGUCCUGUCCCUCCCCGUGCCCCACACGGUGCCGCCCACACUUGGUGACAGCGUACA